AGGUACUUAGCUCAAAAAGAGCCUGUCAUUCUUCAAAAUUUAGUGACAAUUUAUAGUCGACGAUUUCUUUUUAAGUUACAAUACAUAUAAAUGUGAUUCUGUUAAAAACUGGUGGUACCUAUUAUUUGAAUAGGUAUUCUUAUUUUCCCAAUCAUUAAGAAAACUGAAAAGUACAAGUUUCCUAUUAUUGACUCCUCAUACCUCAAAGACCCAACUCAAAAACCACCCUCUAUAUUGAAGAUUGGAGCAGGCCCAAGACGUGAUGACACAAUAAAGAAUCUUGUAUUACAUACCCUCUAAACUCUACAUCACAGAGUGCAGACUAUCACAGUCAUAACAGACAUCUGGUCAUCAGCACCCGGAUUUGGACAAUAGGGUAAAAUCCUUCAAGAUUUGAAUAGGUCUAUAGAAAGAGGGGCCCGAUAAUUCCUUAUUUUCAGGCAACCCACUCGUUUACGAAAAAAAUUGUUUUCUCUUCUCACUAUAUAACAGCCUGUCCGGCCGUGUUGCGCGUCUCCCGCAGGAACGCUGUGCACUUAGCGCUGCGGCCCCAUGUCCUGUUUGGCUGUUUUCAAGACCAACGUCGUAGUCGUUCCCGUCAUAUACGCCAUUACACAUUAAAUAUUAACUUACAUAACUACAAAGCAAAACCACACACGCCCGCUUAAACAUACAAUAUCUUUUUGCUGAAGCGGAAGAGUAAGCCAUAUUUAGAUACACGGCGCAAUGGAGUUCAACAGCUUGACCAAUGGUGAGGUGCUGAAGAUUGACAACACACUGACGGCCAUGGGGUACGAGAACAACGUUGAUUUGAGAAAUAAAAUGGGAUGGAUGAUCGACGAGAUGGGAAAAGUAUCAGCAAUGGCACAAGAGUUAAGGUCACCGAUCACCAGCGCAGAAUUGCUCAUAAAUUCCGAUCACGUCCUUUACAUGAUGAUCGAACACAAUACUUCAGCGAAUUUUGUUGUUGUUGGCAUUUUAAAGACGGGAUGGAAAAAAUUAUGUCUCUACAACAAAGCUGUAGGAUCAUGUAAAGAAACAAUGGUCUACUGUUUGAUGGAUUUCUACGUCCACGAAUCUAGACAGCAUAAAGGUUAUGGAAAAUAUCUGAUCGAUUACAUGCUACAGGAUAUGCAUUUAUGCGCCAAAAAUUUGGCUAUAGAAAAUCCAACUAAAAAUCUAUUGGAGUUUAUGUGGAAACAUUUUCAAUUGUCCAAAAUAGUUAACCAGGGAAACUAUUUCAUAGUCUAUGAGGAGUUUUUCGAUGAUGCAUUCAACGAAAGGAAUCAUAACGAUGGCGGAAACGGAACAUUAACAUCACCGUGUAUGUGUCAACCAAUGUUAGGACGACCUGAAACACAAAAACAUCACGAAACGAGUGGCGAAAUUAUACAAGGCAAUCCUUCAUUUUCGGAGUUGAAUAAUUAUUACAACCCAGGGAUCAAUUUUGUUGAAAGCCAGUUUAAAGCAGCGAAUGUAAUUCAAAAUGCACAGCAGGAUAGAAAUCCAUUGAAACGAGAUCAGAUAUUCCACCAGACCUAACAUACCCAGAACACACCAAAUGAUAACUCAAUGUAAUAAUUUGUUAGGCAUAUAGGUAUUUUAUAGCAUAUAGGUAUAAUUGUAUUUUUCUCUAAU